CUACAAAUUGUCCCGCCGAAAAGCGCUUUUCAUUUGAACAAUAACAAGACAAAUAUUUUCUCUCGCUUUAUUUUUUUCUGAAAAAGUCCAACUUGUGUUGGAUUCAAUGUUAAAAUUGUAAAGGUCUUUUAUGAUUUGAUUAAUCUAUUCAACAUAUGUGAUGCAUAUCAACAGUGGAAAUAAUUUGUUUUGGUCCAGGGUAUGACGGUUGUAAAAAUGUCGACACUAUUUUCCACCCCGUGAAGGCAUCACCACAGCCCCAGUCGGCUGGAAGGAUACACCGAUCAGGCUGCCGCUGCCAGCUAUGCAUCUUUUUACACAUGAACCCUGGGCAUAGGCACCUUCUGAGUGCCACGGUCAACCCUUCGUCUUCUCUCAUCAUUCGUAACAAGCUUCUGUAGAGAGCACCCAAAGGACCCAGGAUACCCGGUAGAGACCGGACCAGGGGCUUUAUGUUUACUGAAGGGAAGCUGGAGAGGAAGCUGGAGCCAUGGCUUUUUCCCUCCACGUUCGAUGAACUGAACUAAGCUGGAUCCACACAACUCAGCCGACCUGACCCGGCCUAAAGGGGGGACUCUCCUCUCCCCAUCCCCCUCUCCAACUAUGGCAGGCUUCAAGCGAGGCUAUGAUGGCAAGAUUGCUGGGCUAUAUGACCUGGACAAGACGCUGGGCCGUGGCCACUUUGCCGUGGUCAAGCUGGCACGCCAUGUCUUCACUGGGGAGAAAGUGGCAGUGAAGGUGAUCGACAAGACUAAGCUAGACACCGUUGCUACAGGCCACCUCUUCCAGGAAGUCCGCUGCAUGAAGCUGGUCCAGCACCCCAACAUUGUGCGCCUGUAUGAAGUGAUAGAUACUCAGACUAAGCUUUACCUCAUCUUGGAGCUAGGGGAUGGUGGGGAUAUGUUUGACUACAUCAUGAAACAUGAGGAAGGUCUGAAUGAAGAUCUUGCUAAGAAAUAUUUCGCCCAGAUUGUCCAUGCUAUCUCCUACUGCCAUCGGCUGCAUGUGGUGCACAGGGAUCUUAAGCCAGAGAACGUGGUGUUCUUUGAGAAGCAAGGGCUCGUCAAGCUCACCGACUUUGGAUUCAGCAACAAGUUUCAACCGGGGAAAAAGCUGACGACCAGUUGUGGAUCUCUGGCAUACUCCGCCCCGGAAAUACUGCUGGGUGAUGAAUACGAUGCUCCAGCCGUAGAUAUCUGGAGUCUCGGUGUGAUCCUGUUCAUGUUGGUAUGCGGCCAGCCCCCUUUCCAGGAAGCCAACGACAGCGAGACGCUCACCAUGAUCAUGGACUGUAAAUACUCGGUACCAGCCCACGUGUCCAGCGCCUGCAAAGAUCUGAUAGACCGCAUGCUUCAGAGGGACCCCAAGCACCGGGCCUCACUGGAGGAGAUCGAGGGCCACGCCUGGCUGCAGGGGGUCGACCCGUCCCCAGCCACCAAGUUCAACACUCCCCUGGUGUCCCACAAGAACUUGUCGGAGGAGGAGCACAACAGCAUCAUCCAGCGCAUGGUGCUGGGAGACAUCGCCGACCGAGAGGCCAUCGUGGACGCCCUGGAGACCAACAAAUACAACCACAUCACAGCCACGUACUACCUGCUGGCAGAGAGGAUCCUGCGGGAGAAGCAGGAGAAGGAGGUGCAGACCCGCUCCUCCAGCCCCAGCAACACCAAGGCCCACUUCAGGCAGUCGUGGCCCAGCAGGGUGGACAUGCACCAGGACAUCGAGGACAGCCUGGCAGCAUCCUCCAUCUCCCACGCUGGGGGCCCCCAGUCCCCCGCCCGCAGCACAGAGAGCCUCCUCAACGGGCACCGCUCCAAAGGCCUGUUGGACCUGGGCCGACGCGACGAAAUGGGAGUCUCUGCUGCUUCUGGGACCCCCAAGGCCCCCGCACCAUCCACCUCAGCAGCAGCAGCUAAGCAGAGGGGCUGCCUGUUCAGGGUGGCUGAGGACGAAGAGGAGGAGGAAGAGCAUGACCAGUCCCCCCUACCCAGCCAGGUCGUCCUGAGGCGUAAGCCGCCCUCCAUCACUAACCGCCUCACCUCCAGGAAGAGCGCCCCGGUGCUCAACCAGAUCUUCGAGGAGGGGGAGUCGGACGACGACUUCGACCUGGACGAGGGUCUGCCGCCCAAGCUCAGCCGCCUGAAGAUGAACAUGGCAGGCAACGCCGCCAACCUGAGCUCCGGGGCCUCCCCGGGGGCCACACACAAGCGCUACCACCGCCGCAAGAGUCAGGGGAGGGGGUCCUCGUGUUCCAGCUCUGAGACCAGUGACGACGACUCGGAGAGCCACCGCCGGCGCCUGGACAAAGACUCGGGCUUCGGGUACGGCUGGAACCGGAGGGACAGCAGCGAGGGGCCGCCAGGCAGUGAGGGGGGCAACGGGGGGGGCAGCAGCUCCGGGCCCAGUAAACCUUCAGGGGAGGGAGGGGGGACAUCCGGCCCAGACAUGGGAAGUCCUCCUGGAGGUAACGGAGGAGGGGAUGGUAACGGAGGAGGUGGGGGUGGUGGAGGAGGCGGGGGAGGAGGGGGGGAGAGUAAAGGACAGGACAGCCCCUCCAGCUGUUGUCACAACAGCAGGAGCACGAACCCCUCCCUCAGCACGGAGCUGGUGGAGAGCCUGAAGCUGAUGAGCCUGUGCCUCCGGGGCCGGGGGGGGCGAGGGGGAUCAAAGUUCAUCUUUGAUCCUCGCAGCCUCCCGGGGGGGACCGUGAGGAUCCAGGAGAAAUCGGCAUGGAGGAUGUGCAUCGGCUCCACCGGGAGCCUGGACACCAUCACCCUCCCCACCACCGCCCUGCCCCGCCCCCACGCCCACCGCAAAACGGCGGCGCACGGCCCCCCCCGGCAGCAGGCACCCUCACAGCAGCCUGAGUGCUCUGAAGAACGGGGUGCUGCAACUACCUCUGUGCGAGAAGACCCUCUCUGUGAACAUCCAGCGGGGGGGGGGCUCGGCUCCCGCCACCUGCUGCCAGGUCAUCUGACCGGAGAGCGGCCCUACAUCCAGGUGUUCAGUAGCUUUCUGUUUGUACCCCCUUGCCCCCCCCAGGUGAGAAGAAUGACAGCAUGCUGUCCGGUCUGGGACGGAAACAUUAAGUCUGCGGGAAACGUGUUGAGUUUUUGAGCAGAGUAAAUAUAUCGGGAAAAGAAAGGUUAAGAGGCCAAAACAGUAACUAGAGGAAAGUAUAAAGUACAUUUUAAUAUCCACACUGUCGUUAUUUUACAUAACAUCUUUUGAGUCUAAACUAUCAUCUUCCAUAAAAGUUUCAAUAAUUAAUGUUUCUGAGGAAGAAUUCAAAAGAUUUUAAGCAGUUAAAUAUUUGUAUUACUCACAUUUAAAUUGCCACUUUAUUCUCGAAACACUGUAAUCUUUUUUCUAUUUCUCAAAAUGUUUUUUCUUCUCAGAAUGUAUUCCCUGAGUCUGUGGAGCCCCCCCCCCUCCCCCUUUGAACCAGGAAUACAUUUCUGAGUUCAUGAGCUGUUCUUUGAAAGAAGGGAAGAGAAAAUGUUUUAAUUUUGACUCCAGUUUGGACUCGGUCUUGCACUUGGACGAUCUGUUUUAUGUUUUUAAAGAUGGAUUCCUGUCAGAGCCCGUUACCGGGGAGCCGCCCGCUGCUCCUCCGUCAGAGCGCGCUCCUGCAGCGACCGUCGGACACGUGGCUGCUGACCACGUGUUUGAGAUGAGGCGUUCUUAUUUUUUUAUUCAUAUUCCAGUGUUCUGCUGAGAGCGUCACGUGUGUCUGGUUUGACCUCUGCUGCCCCCCCCCCUGUAUAUACAGUCUGUUCAAAGUAAAGUUUAUUUUUAAAUCUUGUACAUUUCUUUGGAGCGAUGUGCUGUCGGGACAUGAGAGGGUGAUGCUGUGCAGCAGAAGGAGCUCAGUCUGCUUCAGAGAGCAUCACAACAAGGGGGGGGGGGACUCUUGAGGGCUUUGGCAAUAAGCUAUACGGUGUGUUGCAGCUAUCUGUACAGAAACGUUUUUAUUAUUUUUAAAUGGUUUUUUAUUAUUCCAAACUUGUGCAGCCUUACGCUACGGAGAGGAUUAAAGCCACGUGUGCAUUUCAUUUUAUUGGGAUCUGACCGAAAGUUAAUUAGAAAUGUUCUAAGAUUAAGGUUAGAUUUCUGAGAAGUAAAGUCAGAAACUCCUGUAUAUUUUUUAAUUUCUAAUUUAAAUCUCAGAAUUGUGAAUGAAUUCUUAAAAUUCUGACUUUAUUCUCAAAAUUAAUCCUUUUUUUCUCUGAAUUCUCAGAUUAAAGUCAGAAUUUAAAAUUUAAACAGAAUUCAGACAAUUUUCUCAUAAACCUGAUCUAAAGAUCUCAGAUCUCCACAAAUAAUUCUGUUUGUUCUGAUCUAAAUGUGACCCUAAUCCUCUUCCGUAGUACAUGGCCACGUUUGACUGAAGAGAAAAAGGAAAGCUGUUUUUCUUUUUAUCUUUUUUCUUUUUUCUUUUUGGAAACCAAUGUAAAUGGAGUUGUAAAUAUGGUGCUCUUCCUGAGUGAACUCUUUGGUGCAUAGCUGUACAGUAAUCUAGCCUUAUGAUAAAUAGUAAUGCUGUGUGGGUGUCCUCUUCAUCCGUCAGUCGGUGUGACUGUCGUCUGUUUCCAGGUGAAUGACGUGCAUGUGUUUCAGUGUUUGACAUUCAACGACACGCAGGAGAGACGCGCCACAGACGUUACUGGACCAAAAAGCAGCCGAAAAAAAGAGUUGACGGAAUAUUCAGUGUAUUAUACCUGUUGUCAGAAGUUACACUUAGCUAUGGUGAUAUCUAAAAAUAAAAUGUGGAAUACUG